CGUUGCUGUUAGAACUAUCGCCAGUUCGAGAUGGGUCUCUUAUUCCUAUUGCUGCUGCUUUGGAGUCACCCUUUCAGGGUCAGGACGCUCGAUGCUCCCCGGGGGCGCCCGAGCCACGGCUCAGUGCGAUACUUUGACUAUCCGGAGGAGAUAACUUGCGCGCCGUCUGGAGUUAUGGUGCGGAUUCGCAAUGACUCAUUUCAAGGGAUGUUCAUUCGAUUGUCAAUUGUGGAUAACUAUGGUAUACCAAGGGACCUGCAUUCACUGCCUAGCAGCUGUGCAUAUACAACUCUACCACAAGCAGAUGGGUCCUUGCUUUUCAGUACUCCAUACAAAGGAUGUUAUGUUCACAUAAUGAAUAACACAGUGAGCCUGGAGCUGAGGAUUGAUGGAAUUGAUGAAUCCAAGAGGAUUAUGGUCAUAGAACGCAUUCCAUUAAGCUGUACCCUGCCAUCACUGGCUUCUGUGACUGUGGGACCCACAAAAGGAACCCUUCUGACAACCAAGGAGCCAGUGAAUACCACAGCAGUGACCCUUUCAACCAAGGAGCCAGUGGAUACCACAGCAAUGACCCUUCCCACCAAGGAGCCAGUGAGUGCUACUGCCACAAUUGCACUUGUGGGACAGACAACAGCUGGUUCCACAGCUACCUCAAUCAGCAUGGACCUGAAACCAGAUGGAGACAAAACCCAUAUUUGUGGUGUUGAUGCCAAGGACCGUGUGAACUGUGGAAAUGCCACACUUGAAGAAUGCAAUGCCAAAGGCUGCUGUUAUGAACCCAUCAACAAGCAAAUUCCAUGCUUUUAUGGAAAAACUGCUUAUAUUGACUGUUCCCACAAUGGGCUAUUUACCAUUGUGGUGCCUAGGGUUGCUACUCUGCCACCACUCAAUCUUGACUCUGUCUCUCUCUUGAAUAAGACAAGUCCUCAGUGUCUCCCUGUAACCAGGACAACUGAGUUUGUUCUCUUCAGGUUUCCUCUUGAUUCGUGUGGAACUACACAAAUAGGCGAUGGACUAAACAUCACUUACAGUGUAGACAUAGUAGCCAAAAGGAAAAUGCAAAGUGGACCUCGUGGCUCUAUAACCAGGGAGAGUACUUUCAAGUUGCAUGUGAAAUGCCACUUCUCUGGCAAGAGAGAAAUCCCUUUGACAUUAGUAGUGAAUACUGCAUCACCUCUGCCUUCUGUAUUGAGGGAGGGUGUCCUCCAAAUAGAAAUGAGGAUUGCAAAGGAAAAGUCCUAUAGUACUUGGUUUGCUGAUGAAGACUACCCUCUAGUGAAAUUUCUCAGGGACCCAGUAUAUGUGGAAGUACGCCUUCUCCACCGAACUGAUCCCAAUAUUGAACUAGUGCUGAAUGAUUGCUGGGCAACACAAACACUUGACCCUCAUCAUGUCCCAAAGUGGAGUGUUCUCUUGCAUGGAUGUCCAUACUACAGGGACAACUACUUGACCCAGCUACAUGCAGUAGAUGCAGCUUCCAACCUGUCAUUUCCAACACAUCACAAACGGUUUGAAGUGAAGACAUUUGCAUUCUGGAACCAGCAGAUUCAAACAGUACUAAGUGGAGAGGUCUACUUCCAUUGUAGUGUAACUGUGUGCCUCCUACCUGACAUGCAAGAGUGUGCCACAACCUGUGGAGCUGGCAGAAGAAUGGCCAGACAUUCUGACUUUAACACUUCAGAUAAAGCUGCCUACCAUGGAUUAGUGACACUGAAGAGACCCAUAGUUUUUGCUCUUGCUGAAGGAAAAACUGCAGACCUAACCCAAGCAAAUGCAAAAACAACUGAUGGCGUUCUCCUUGCAGCAGCUAUAACAUCACUAGUGUUGGCCUUGAUCUGUGGACUAGUACUCUGUUGGAAUUGCAAACAAAUGCCCAUAUCUUGAGCUUGUGAUAUUCAGAAUUCACUAUUUGUUGAGUGUGCAAGAUUUACAUGUCAUAAACCCCUUAUUCUCAAUGACUGGUUGAAUUGCCUUUUCAGUGGGAGCUACUGCAGUAUCUAAUUAAACAAUGGGGUUUGAGAUGGCUUUUGGUGUGAAGAACUUAAUUCUUACCAAGCAAGUCUCUUGGCAAUAACAAUAUCAACUGUUAACAAAUGCCUCUUUGACAUUCCAAAGACUUGCUUUGGAGGAAUCUAUAGUCUCUGGCUCAAUGCUAGACUUCUGUAAUCUAACAAUUGUUCCUGCCCUGCUUGUUUAAACUGUUCUCCCAGUCUAAUUGUAGAAAUGAGGUUUAUAAAUAACUUGUAUUGUUGAAUGAAGUUAAACUAUGCAAAUAAAAUGUUGACAGUU